UGCACUCACGCGGUCACGGUACGAAGCAAAUAUCCAUUUCCUGCACAGAGCUAGCACAGCAAAGAAGCAAAGAAGGGGAUUCUUUCCUUCAUGGUUGAAGCUCCUCUCUAACCCAAACUCAAGAAGACUGCAUUUACGAUUCUGAAGAAGCCGAAAAUACGGUCAUGGAUUCGAAGAAGGUGUAUGUUUGGUCCCUACCUUUGACGCCAGAGGUGAUCCUCAGUUUUGUGAGUUCCCAAGUGGCGUUACUGAUGCAGUCCUAUAAAGAGCACGAGCUGUAUGUCACCACCGUUAUCAUUCCGCUAGUUAUUUUGUACAUGAACGCGUGCUCAUUCGUCAACCUGGGAUUGCCAUUGCCACUGUCUCCUCUCAACUUCUUGCCUGCUAAGAAAGUCUGGAUCUACAUCGAGACGGCAAUCGUCGUGGUGAUAUCUUACGUGUCACUACUGAUAGUCAGCUGGAGCUACAUCUGGCUCGUUGUCUUCCCCAUCAUCGCCAUCGGCUUCAUCGUCGCGCUGUGUAGUGAGCUCAGUCAUCAGGAUCAGGCCGGCGGAUCACAUUCACAGGAGCAGAGCAACGAAGGUGAAGGUGAUGAAGCUACUGCACCUGUGGGGAAAAAGGCAGAGGGGCUGGAGGCAGUAGCACUGGUGCCGUACUGGGCGCUUUGCAUGAUGGGCCACUUUCACGCAGACAAAUUCACCGUCUCCCAGUUCCUUCUCUUCUUCAGUUUCAUGCUCGGGGCACUCACCAUGAUGAUGACUCGCCUGGUGGGGCUGGCCACGGUCCAUCGUGGCAUCGCGCCGGCGUCCGAGCUGCUCCGGAAGGCCUCGCUCGUGGUGCUGCUAGUGGCGGUGCACGCCAUGGCCGCGGAGCUGCUGGGAGAGAACGCGCUGCUCUUCUGCCUGCCGGAGAUCGUGCCAGUGCUGCUGUGGCUCAGCGUUCGCCUCGACUGUCAUGACGGCGCCAUCAUCACUGGUGCCGACAGGAUCAAGCUGGGCAUGGACAGCAGAGUGGUCAAUCUGCUCGGCGCGGCGGCAGCUGCAGUGUUGGCGGCCAUGCUAGCGGCGGGCUACAUGGACGAGUCCGUGCUCUACUGGUGCGGCAAGGCGUUGGUGUCUUGUGCUGUUUCAGCCCUUCUAACCUUGUACAUUGUUUUCAUGCUGUGCCAGUGGCCAGGAGGACAACGCGAUGGCACGCUAGUCACAGUCACAGCCGCCUCUUUGUUGCAGGAGGCAAUCCAGCUUCUCAACUCAUGGGCAAAAGUUUUGCUGGCAGCGGUGGCUACGCUGCUAGUAUUGACAACUCUAGCUGCUUUCCAACUAGUUCUACUGCAAGAACUGGCGGCCUCUGCAACAGCCGACCAAAUUCUUCAACGACUAGGUCAAAAAUUCCUCCAGUCCAUAAUUUAAUUGUGAAAUGGAACAAAAAUUACUAAUUUGUUCAGUUAGACAUAUGAUUUAUCCCGGUGUAACCUUCUCGAUGGAUUGUAUCAAUGAGCACCGAAACUAAUAAGAUUGUGUAAAAACUCCUGGACACAAAAUUGCUAUUCUAGCUAAACAUGUGGCUUUGUUAAAAUAGGAUUUCUAAUGUUGACAUCGUUAAAACGACAUCUGAAACAUUUGUACUUUGUUUUCUAUGACAUUUAAUAUAUUAAGUAUCUUUUCUUA